AAUACAUUCACUAUGUAAAUGCGUUUCUGAUAUUGUGAAGUAGAUUGUUUAUCUAACACUCCUCAACAACCGAUAUGGAAUUGAAGUACCAAAAUUAUAAAUAAGACUAUCGAUCAAUACAAGUGGGUCCUUUACAUCAUGAUACUUCCCUUGCUGAUGACUGUCCUUGGUUGCAGAUUGGCAGCAUGUGCCGAUCCUAUCAUCACUCUACCAAAUGGUAAAAUUGCCGGAAGGGCGGAUACAGUUACAACUGGACAAACAAAAUGGACCAUCUAUUCUUAUAUCGGUAUACCCUUUGCUGCCCCACCAAUCGGAUACCUACGAUUUCAGCCUCCCGUUCCACCGACGAAUUGGGCAGGGGUUCUGCAGUGCAAAAAUAAUAAUAAGCACUGUUAUCAGGUGGGAACGAAUGAUAAAUUAGAAACUGAAGAUUGUCUGCUCAUCAAUGUUUUUACGAAAGAGGUGAGUAGCUAUAAGCCUUGUUAUAAUAUUUGUUAUGAGAGAUUUCAUAUAAGGUUGGAUUUUCACAUAUCAAGUAGAGGAUAACGAUAAGAAGAUGCGAAAAUAUUGUUUAUGAAAUACAUACAUAUGAAGAAAAUGUUGAAACAUAUGGAAACUUAAAUCAACAAACGUGAGUUACAAGUUACUCGAAAAGGAGAAGAUCAAGAAAGAACCCAAAUUUUCUACUAUUUUUCGGCCACCUUUUGCUGGCCGACAAAUAAAGCCAUAUAUGUAUAAUUGAGUAAUUUACCUACGUUUCACUGGCAAGACAGAUGAAUAAAACAUAUUAUCGCUGUCACUGUAAAUUGAAACAGGCCGAAACAUUACUAAUUCAUUUAAACCUACAUCAGUGGUUUCGUUUGGCGACCAGACAGGUAUGAGGAUUAAAAACAUGUUUUGUCCCUACUCAUGGAAGCAUUUAAAAUAAAAGCAGAAACAAAAAUAUCGCACUUAUUAUAACAAAAAAUAUAAUACGAUGAAUUUCUUAGGCUCCUAAUGUUCAUGCAGCACUACCUGUCAUGGUCGAAUUUUAUGGUGGAGCUUUCAAAGCCGGUGCAUCUACUACAUAUUUUCCGAAAGUCCAGCAUUUUGCUAGAGAAGGAAUCGUAGUUGUUACAUUGAACUAUAGAGUUGGACCUUUUGGUUUCUUGUCUACUGGGGACACUGUACUACCAGGAAAUAUGGGUCUGAAGGACCAACAGUUGGCCUUGAAAUGGGUCCAACGAAACAUCCAUCUUUUUGGUGGUGACCCGAAACAAGUCACUAUCAUUGGCCAGAGUGCUGGAGGUGCUUCUGUGUCAUUUCAUCUCUUGAGUCCAAAAUCAGCAGGAUUGUUUAGAGCAGCGAUAGCAAUGAGUGGAUCAGCUUUAAGCACGUUUGGUUACCAACAGCAUGCUGUUCAGAACGCCUACGGGAUUGUCAACGAAAUUUUCCCAAACUUCGGAAACAAAUCAAGUCGUGAAUUGCUCAAGGCAUUGCAGAGUGCCACAGCCAAGCAAAUUGACAACACAGCUGAUAAGUACAACAUCUUUGGGCCAGUGGUUGAACCUGUCCAUGAAGGAGCUUUUCUGAGUAGACCUUUCCACGAAUUAGCUCAGAUGGUACCUGCAAGUAGAGUUCCAGUAUUGACUGGUAUUACUUCUGAGGAAGCAAUUGGAAAAGCCGCAGAUUUGAAGGCUUUGAGACACGCGGCCGAUAUUUUUGAUGCUCGUCCUGAGGUUAUGGUGGACAGUUGUAUGAAUGUGGAAGAGGGUAGAAGGAAAGACGCUGGAGGAAAAAUCCAUUCGGCUUACACAAGCGGAAAAUUAGCUGAUGACCUUGCUGCGGUUAUAAGGUACGCUUCAGAUCAUAGAUACGCCAAACCAGUGUUAAGGUAUGCUCAACUUCAAUCUCAGUUUACUCCUGUCUACUUCUACGUCUUCUCCUACCAUGGGGUAAGAGGAAACAACCCAGUUUAUAUAAAAGGUGCCGGUAGGGUUGGUCAUGCCGAAGAUACCCUUUACAUGUAUAUGGAUCCUGAAGACGCCUCAUUUAUCUCAAACCUACCGAAGGAAGACCUUUUGGCAGCCAAGCAAUAUAGCACCCUUGCUAUGAACUUCAUCAAGUACCUCAAUCCAACCCCGGAGAAAGAUCCACUGUUCCGAAACCUUACUGUACCCAAGGUGACUCCUGACAAGAUUCCUUACUUGGAUAUCGAUUAUCCUUUGCGAAUUAAGGAGGGGCCCAGGGAGCCAGCAUACUCUUCAUGGGUAGAAUUGUAUAAGCAGUACGCCGAGGCACCAUAUGUGUGUUUCUAAAUAAUGAAAAGAUUAUGAUUCAAUAAAAAUCGUCAACUAAUAUAGCGGAUUUGGAUGUA